AUGGAAAUUAUUACGCAGAGAUUCUACUCGAACAUUCUCCGUUCAUCAACUUCUGUAUCAAGCCCGAUCAUCCCUACUGGUGAAGCUCCACCACGGAUUCUCCCUCCGGAUGUAGGAGUCGCUAUCAAGAGCAUGAAACUUGGCACAGCCCCCGAACCUGAUCUUAUAUCAGCAGACUUUCUUCGGGCUGGUGACCAUCCACUUCAUGUAAUCUUAGCAGCGUACAUGAUAUCAUACUUUCAGAAAGAAAGACCAGAUCAAUGGAAGACCUCACGAACCGUUCUUAUCCAUAAAAAAGCUGACCGAGAGGACCUUCGGAAUUACCAUCCGAUAUGCUUGCUGAGCAUAUACCAAGCAUUCACUCUCAUCAUCCUCACGCGCAUAUCCAGGACGCUGGAUGAAGCCCAGCCUCAAGAACAAGUUAGAUUCCAUGAGGGUUCAGCUGCAUGGACCACAUGUAGACCGCGUCGAGAGUCAUAG